GCCGACAUCGGCACAGAGACUCGGGAGCAUCAUAUAUUGAUGGUGGUCAAACGGAAGGCUCACAGCCGCCAAACGCCCACAAUCCGGCCGACCGAUUCGAUGUAACCGCGUCCGAGUGACGAGUCUUCUGUCUUAUCGCAUAUUCUUUCUAACUUAAUUGAAGAGCAUCGCUCUUAAAGUUCAGACAGAUGCCUCGCAUCUUUAACCAAGCAGCAUGGUGCGGCAACUUGACGUCGUAAUUGUUAUCCAAAUGCUGAUACACGUUGUAGCAACACCUGCCGCGUCCGCAAGAUCAAAUGUGAUGAAACGCUUCCUAUCUGUCAGCGCUGCUCCAAAGCAAGCCGCUAUUGUGAUCGCACCGCCACACCUCCAUCCCUCCCAGUGCAUCCGCAGCCAACCAACACAGAAGACAUAUUUCCAUUGCCGUCAAAUCCCCGCCAGGCCCUUAUCAACCCUACGAUAGCCAGGUAUUUUCACCACUACAUCACCUCUAUCGCCCCUUGGUAUGACCUGAGUGAUGGUUCCCGGCACUUUGCUACCCUCCUACCUGAACUGGCCCUCCGCAGUCCACUCCCAUUUGCUGCCGUGAUUGCCUUGGCCGGAAUCCAGAUCAGCCAGACGACGGCACCUUCAGCACGGGCGGCAGCCGAGUAUUAUCAUGACCAGUGCGUCCGGCUGCUGCUGAUCAAAUUGAAGGACGACAAUGCGGCAUGUGGUGAUGGCGACAGUGACUGCGACGGCGACGGCGACGGGAUCACGCUGGCUUCCAUAUGUCUCCUGCGUUCGUACGAGAUCCUGAGUGAGGAAACUGAUCCAAACCGCCAUCUCCGGGGCGCGUACUCGCUUGCCGUCUCUCGCACCCCGCUCCUCCGGGAGGGUGACCUCAGCGGGCGUGGAGGCUUGCGCGGUGCGGGGUUCUGGAACUAUCUGAGAGAAGACAUUACUUUCAGUCUGUUCCAGAAAUGCCCGCUCAAGAUGGGGCUGGAUCAGGUCGAGCUGUUUGUUUUGCGUGGUGAUGAUGCAGACGGUGACCACGGCUACUUGAACGCCGUGUCGCUCAUUCUGGGAAGAAUCAUCAAUGAAUGCUUCGGGCGCGAGACAGUGGCACCUGAUGCCUGGAACUUUUUGUUCGGCUUGCUCCGCGACUGGUGCUCAGCUCUUCCUAGCCGGUUUGCACCGUUUGCACGUGAAGAGCGUGGUUUGGGGCUAGCUUUGCCCGCUGUCUGGAUGCUGCAGGAUUGUCACGGUGGGCCCUUCAUUCGUGACGAAGCUACGCAGCAGGAGCUUGUUCGACCUGCUAUGGCAUUCUCACACCAAGUCAGAGCUGCGCGGCUUCUGUUCCGCCAACACCCCCUUGCCCUUACUCAGACCAGCUGUCGCCGAACCAUGGCAACAAUUUCCCAGAAGCCAACCACUGAGCCCGUCGUGAUCAAACCAUCGGCGGUCGAGAUCAAAAACAACAUCCUAUCAUCACGCAACCUCGAACUGGCCGUUCGUCACCUGCAUGCCGACGGCCUUGUCGUAGUCGAGGACGCCGUGCCGCAUGCGGAUCUGGACGCUCUCAACGCAAAGAUGGUCCCCGACGCCCGCUACUUGCAAUCUCUCGGCGAGGAUGGCCCCUUCAACUAUAAUCAGGGCAACUUGCAACAGGAUCCGCCGCCGGUGGCUGAGUACUUUUUCCCCAGCAUCUUUACGAACAAGAUUGCCACACAAAUAACCUCAUCCAUCCUCGGCCCCCGCCCGAAAUGGACCUUUUGCUCCGCCAACUCAGCCAUGCCCCCUUCAUCGCCCGACUCUCCUCCUCAGCGCCAGCCCGUUCACUCAGACGCCGACUUUGACCACCCGCACCACCCCUUUGCGCUGGUCGUCAACGUGCCGCUCGUCACCAUGACGCCGCGCAACGGCUCGACCGAGUUGUGGCUCGGCACGCAUCACCUCUCGAACCUGUCGGCGCAGGAGGGCGCGCACGGAGAACGCGCCAGCGGUCGGAUAAAGCAGCGCCUGCUGGAUGCGCGCAAAGAGGAGAGGGGACCGUGUCAGCCCGUCGUCAAAAAGGGCAGCAUCGUCGUCAGGGAUUUGAGGCUCUGGCACGCGGGUAUGCCUAAUCUGAGUGCCGACGAGGUCAGGGUCAUGCUCGCGUUUAUACACUUUGCGCCUUGGUAUCGCAACCCCAUGAGGCUGAGGCUCGGGGAGGAUGUCAAGGGAAGGAUCGAGCAUGUCAGUGGGGAGUUGGAUGUUCCGGUGGAUUGGGUGGGCAGGGAGGAGGUAUUAGGUGAGUAUUUGCGGCGCGGGUUUGGAAAUAGCUAUGAUUUUGGUCAGGAGGCGUGA